AUGAACUAUCGCUUACCCACUGAUGUUUCUCCCACUCAUUACGAUCUUACUCUUCUCACCGAUCUUACACUGCACAAAUUUCGUGGCACAGUGGAGGUCGCCCUCAAGGUUGUGACAGAUACAUCCAAGAUUGUUCUCAAUGUAGCGGAAUUGCAUCUUUCUGAUGCUUCUGUGACCGUCGCAGGCGAGGAAGAGGCCUUCGUGCCCGUCUCUCAAUCGAUAGACUCGAUCGACCAACGUGCAACAUUUGUUUAUCCGUGUACCUUCACGGCCGGCUCUUCUCUAAAGCUGUUCAUCGCCUUCGAGGGCAAGCUGAACGAGAGCUUGAUUGGCUACUAUGAAGGAACAUGGGAAGACGGUGGUCAGAAAAAGUUUUAUACGGUGACUCAAUUCGAGCCAACAGCUGCUCGUCGUGCAUUUCCAUGCUGGGAUGAACCAUCUUGCAAGGCAACGUUCGAGAUGUCAAUGGUUUCUGCUUCUGAUACCGUGAACCUUUUCAAUACACCUGUAAUCUCAGAAGAACAAUAUGAAGACGCAGACGAUGUUCAUGGACUUUUGAGACAAGCAUCAAUCGGUGACUGGAAGAUUACGCGCUUCGAGAGAUCUCCGCUCAUGUCUACCUACCUCGUUGCAUUUGCUAAUGGCCAGUUUGAAUACCUUGAGAGCUCUUUCAAGAGUCCGAUUAGCGGAAAGACACGUCCCAUACGCGUUUAUGCGAAUCCUUCUUCGAUCCAUCAAGCAAAAUAUACACUUGGAGUGACAGCAAAAGUCCUUCCGGUUUAUGAACAAGUAUUCGACAUUGAAUAUCCUCUUCCCAAACUGGAUACACUGGUAAUUGAAGACAUGGAUGCUUAUGCCAUGGAGAAUUGGGGAUUGAUUACAGGAAGAGCCAGCCAUUAUUUAUUGGACCCGAAUGCAAGCAAUAUACAGCAGAAACAGGCCAUUGUCAAUAUCCAAUUUCAUGAGGUCGCACAUAUGUGGUUUGGGAAUAUUACUACGAUGGAGUGGUGGACAUAUCUAUAUCUGAAUGAAGGUUUUGCGACAUUGAUGGGGGAGUUGAUUAUUCCUGGUAAUCUUGAUACUCUCUAUGGUUCGGGUUUCCCCGAGUGGAAUCUCGACGCGGCAUUCAUUGCUCUCCACAUUAACGAUGCAAUGCUGUUAGAUAACAAGCUUUCCUCACAUCCGGUUGAAGUGGACUGCCCAGACGCGAAUAAGAUCAACCAGAUUUUCGACGCAUUAUCCUACUCAAAAGCAGCUUCCGUUCUCCGUAUGCUGGCCAAUCAUGUUGGCGUCGAUGCCUUUCUGAAGGGUGUUUCCGUAUAUCUGAAGUCAAACCUUUACGGAAAUAGCGUCACUCACGAUUUAUGGAAAGGUAUAGAGGAAGCGACAGGAUUCGAUUCCUCUAAUUUUAUGGACGCUUAUAUCUCGAAGCCCGGAUUUCCCGUCAUUAAAGUCACUGAAUCUGAAGGGAUCAUACACAUUGUACAAGCUAGGUUUUUGCAGAAGGGGACCAUUGACGAUACCAAUACGAUAUGGAAUAUCCCAUUAAAUCUCUUGACCGUCGACUCCGAUGGGAAAUCUAGCAUCAAUAAGGUUGUCCUGAAAGAGCGAUCAAGCUUCUACGCUGUCAAUACCGAGCAAUUGUUCAAGCUCAACGCUGGGACUUUUGGCUAUUAUCGUGUGAUGUACACUCCUGAACGAUUUCGGCGAAUUGCUAUCGAGGCGGCAAAGGCAAAUUCGGUAUUGAACACAGGAGAUCGUCUGGGACUGGUGCAAGAUGCGUUUGCUCUUGCCGGUGCUCAACUCAUGAGCUUGAGCGAUGCGUUGGAACUCUUGACAAUAUUCAAGGAUGUCCGAGACUACUAUGUUUGGUCCUCAAUUUCAACUGCACUAUCCAAUUUGAUCAAUAUAUGGUGGGAGCAUGCAGAGGUCAUAGACCUGUUGAAUGAAUUUCGUCGGAUUCUCUUCAAGCCCAUCGUAUCUGAGAUAGGGUAUACGUAUUCCGCCGAUGAAGAUCCUGAUACUUCUUUACUCCGAACCUGUGCUGUAAUUAACGCGAGUCAGGCGAAAGAUGAAGAAGUCGUCAACGAGCUACGACAGCGAUUCAAGCAAUAUCAGGCAACUCGGGAUAACAGCCUCAUUCCCGAGGAGCUUCAAGGCCCAAUCUACACCUCGGCCGUCGAAUUCGGCGGAGAAGAGGAAUAUUUAGCCAUCAAGCGGAUUGUGGAUGAUCCAAAAACGCCCACAGAAAAGCUUGCGGCAAUAGGGGCAAUGUGCAGCGUGGCCGACCGUCAAUCAAUCACAUCUACUAUCCACUACAUGACCACGGAAGCCCGUGACCAGGAUGUACCACAUUUCGUCCUGGAGCUGAUGAAAAAUCCAAAGAUAAAAAGAGAAUUUGUGGCGCAUUUCAAAGAGAAUUACGAUGUGUUAUACGAGAAAUUCAAGGACGGGUUCUCGAUCUCGGGACUCGUACAGCGAGUAUUCAGUCCACUGACUUCGAAGAAAGAUUGGGAAGACACAAAAGCAUUCUUUGAGGACGGAAGGGACACUUCAAGAUACGCCCUUACCGUACCACAGGUACUGGUUACCAUUCAGGAGAACAUAACGUAUAUUGAGAGUUCUACUGAUGAUUUACUGAGCUGGCUUAAAAAUUGGAAGAAGACGCAAUGA